AUGCCAAGGGGAGAAGGCCCAGCCCUGGAACCAGAAACAGGCAUGGGAAUGUUAGAGGAAGGAGGUGAUAACCACAGGACCAAUCAAAGCACCAGAAGAGACCUUAGGAAAAUGAGCCCAGCUGUCACUUACUGCCUGCUCUUGGCUUUCAUUCUUGCUGCACUCGUGGUCUGUCUGCUUGUAGACAACUUCAGAUCCCAACAAGAAAUGUGUGCAACGGGUCAGUUUCUGAAGGCAAAGGAAUCUGACCGGUUAUAUCCACGAGCGUAUGUGUCCCCCAGGUCUAAUAUGGAUAAGCCAAGAGCACACCUGACAGCUAUUCGACAGAAGUCUAUCACUCCCAUGAAAGAUUCCUGGCCGGCUCUCCAGUGGGAACAUAAACUUGGCUCUGCUUUCAUCAAAAACCAAAUGAACUACACCAACAAGUUCCUGGUGAUCCCAGAGUCAGGAGACUACUUUGUUUAUUCCCAAGUCACUUUCCGGGGCAGCACACCGGAGUGUGGUAAAAUCAACCAGAAGAAUCGGUCCACCAAGCCCGACUACAUAAGCCAGGUCAUCACCAGAGUCACUGAUAGAUACCCAGAGCCAACACAGCUUUUAACAGGAACCAAGUCAAUCUGUGAAAUAGGCAGAACCUGGUUUACUCCAAUUUACCUGGGGGCUGUUUUUCCUAUGCAAGAGGGGGAUAAACUGAUGGUGAAUGUCAGUGACAUCUCUCUUGUGGAUUAUACCAAGGAAGACAAAACAUUCUUUGGGGCUUUCCUGUUAUAA